AUGACACUCAUCGUGCUUUCUUCGGCCAUUGGUUGCUCACCUUCUGCUCUCUACUGCAUCAUGAGGUUCUUGAUUCACCGUCAGAUUUUUAAGGAGACAGAGAAUAAUAAUAAAGAUCAAUUAGAAUCAACUGUUUACGCUCAAACGCCCCUUUCCCGGCUUCUAAUGAGAAAUGGAGCCAAUAGCAUGGUUGAUCUUUUGCUCCUAAAGAUCAGCCCGGCCGCGAACGGUGAGGAACUAUGGCGCUAUACUGCGGAAUAUCCAGCCCGUAGCAAGCUGAUAGAUGACGCAAUGGAUGCAUGGCUAGGAUAA